GCUCCUGUUCUCUUUUCUAGGGAGGAGUUAACAAAAUGUACCAUGGGAUCCAGGACUACGAUGAGAACAGUGCCCGCGUGCACCUCGUGAUGGAGAAGGGAGACACUGUUUUCUUUCACCCCUUGCUCAUCCAUAGAUCUGGAAGGAACAAAACUCAAGGGUUCCGGAAAGCAAUUUCCUGCCACUUUGCCAGCUCCAACUGCCACUACAUCGAUGUGAAGGGCACCAGUCAAGAAAACAUCGAGAAAGAAGUCGUGGAGAUUGCAGCUAAGUUGCAUGGAACUGAAAGUAACAUCAGCCUUAAGGAUAUUUGGACAUUUCGGUCCCGGCUUGUGAAAGGAGAAAGAAUCAACCUUUGAAAACAGCCCUACCAUGUCACUUUGUCAGAGGAAAUCAAAGCAAGCCAAUGAAUCCAAGGGAAAUGAUUUCUCAUUGGAGUGAUGUUAUCUUGUCUCUCACUUGGUAAAGAAAUUAGGAACCAUGUGCUGGGGACGGGUGUGGAGUUAAUUUUGCAUUGCAGUGUUAUUGCUUUAGUGGAGGUGAAAUGAUGUGGCUAAAUAUUAUUCUGAGAAAAACUAACUGGGUUCUACUAAUAAAAGUGAUGGGUGUAUA